CCGGGCACGAACCAAAGCGUGAAACCGGCGCAUCUCUGCAGACCUUUGUUGAGGCUUGGAAGCAGCAUCUUCAGCAUCCUUCGCUUUCUGACCAUGUAUACGUGACUCCUCUGUGGCUAUUCCGCCCUCCUUCCAGACAAGAACGACCAUGUCGACACCUUCGUCAUCCCGCCUCUCAGGCUCCGGAGUCAAGAGCUUCCUACCCUUGUCAGAAGAGAGCGCUCUUUCUACCCGAGGACAGCAUCUGCCGCAAUUGAUACGUGAGCGUUCGGCGACCAACACACCGGGUCGGCGCCGUCGCUCGUCGCUGGACGGCAACUUUGCGCCAGGCACCUCCUUCGAGGACUCUGCUGCUGCUAGUGACAACGAGCCGCCGACGCCUUCCCAGCCUCGCCUCAAGGCCACUGCCGCUGUCGCCGACCAGAACCCCGAUGCCUUUCGUCGCCUCAGCUCGGGCGCCGCCGCCCUCAUGACUCCCCAGAUGCGCAGUAUGCGCCUGAUCGGCAACAGCAAUCCACGUUACCGCUGGGAAAAGUACUUUACCUCUGAUGAAGACCUCAAAAAGAUGAAGAAGCCCAUCCGUCAAUACUACGAGCGAAACAACUUCCUGAUCCAGCAAUACCUGUACAUCGACAGGCUGCUGGACUCGAGUCUGCCCCACGACCUGAUUCAAGAGUAUCAGUACAACGUACACAGCAGUUCAGGAGCUGCUGCCGUGCCGCCGACUAUCAGCGAGGAGAACGGAGGUGCCAGUGGAAAGGCUUCUGCUGUCGCAUCCCCUGCUAUCAUUCCCAUGGAUGCCAACGGUAAUGGCUCGGCAAACCAGAGUUAUAGACUCAAGAGAACACCAAAGGCUCUGUAUCGCGUUGGUGCUGAUGAAGAGACGCCACUGUUAGCUGAAGAUGAUAGCAACUCGCUCUUCAAUACUGGAAUUCCUGCUUUCGAGCCCGAUGAUGAACCUGACAGCCAAAGUCGCAUUGUCAGCAUAGCCAUCUAUCUGAAUCUUGUCGCCAACACCGUUCUUCUUGGCUUGAAGAUUGUUGUCACUGUUCUUACCUCUUCGGUCUCGGUCCUGGCUUCGCUGGUCGAUGCGGCUUUGGACUUCCUUUCAACGGCCAUCGUGUGGACUACUACAAGACUGAUCAGUCACAACGAUAUGUAUGCCUAUCCUGUAGGCCGUAGACGAUUGGAACCAAUUGGCGUCUUGGUUUUCUCCGUCAUUAUGGUCACCUCAUUUGUCCAAGUCGCCAUUGAGGGCUUGAACCAUCUCACCUCCAAGGACCAUACCAUUGUACAACUUUCUUAUGCUGCCACGGCCAUCAUGUCGGCCACUGUAGUUAUCAAAUUUGGAUGCUGGCUGUGGUGCAGAUUGAUCCCCAACAGUAGCGUUCAAGCUCUCGCCCAAGAUGCCAUGACCGAUGUCGUCUUCAACAUCUUCUCCAUCAUCUUCCCUUUGGUCGGUUAUUACGCAGGUAUUUGGUGGCUCGACCCCCUGGGUGGUAUUUUGCUGUCUUUCUACGUCAUCCUCGGCUGGUCUUCUACGUCCCUCUCUCACAUUCGCAAUCUUACCGGAGCCGCAGCCUCUGCAGACGAGCGUAAUGUGCUUCUCUACCUGACCAUGCGCUUUGCAAAGACCAUCAAGCAGAUCCAAGGACUACAGGCAUAUCACUCUGGCGACAAGCUAAACGUAGAGGUCGACAUUGUGCUUGAUGAGUUCAUGUCUCUGAGAGAUAGUCACGAUUUGGGAGAGAGUCUGCAGUAUGUGCUGGAGUCCGUGCCUACGGUUGAUCGUGCCUUUGUGCAUCAGGAUUACGCUAGUUGGAAUUUGCCUUCUCAUAUGACUCAGCAGGAUUAGAUGCGGCAUAGAGGAGGGUAGAUGGUGAUGGGGUUGGUAGAUGGAGACACGGUGACGG